CUGAUAGAUCCCUAAUUAAACUCUAAACUCAUUUUCGUAUUCUUGUGACUAAUUAAUCACUAAAGAAAAGGCAAAAAAUGAAGCACAAAAAGGGGUUAUGGUCACCGGAGGAGGAUCAACGACUACGAAAUUACGUCCUCCGACAUGGUCAUGGCUGUUGGAGUACCAUCCCCAUAAGAGCUGGUUUGCAGCGCAACGGGAAAAGUUGUAGACUAAGAUGGAUUAAUUACUUGAGGCCGGGAUUAAGACGGGGAACGUUUACAUCCGAAGAGGAGGAAACGUUUGUCGGACUUCAUCGACUUUUAGGAAACAAGUGGUCACAAAUAGCUCAUCAUUUGCCAGGAAGAACAGAUAAUGAGAUUAAGAAUUAUUGGAAUUCUUAUCUUAAGAAGAAAUUAAUGAAAGCCGGAGAAUUCAACAAAAAUCAAAGUGUAAAUUCAGACUUUGAUGAAUUUAAGAGUACAUCUGCUAGUGCUGCUUCAACUGGGACAAGUUUUACCAGAAUUUCUAGUGCAGGUUCUUUCCAAUCCUCCGAGCAAAUCGGAGGAACUGGAAUUGACCACUUAAGUUCGACAACAGCUUCGAACUCUAAACCUGUUCGAGAAUCAAACCAAAGUUUCCUUCCUAAAGUAUUUUUCGCGGAAUGGUUAUUUCUUGAUCAAGAUCAUAGUGAAAAUGGUUCGAAUUCAGGUAACUCAAAUUUGGCUCCAGAAGAAAUUUUAGAUGAUUCAAGUGUUUUUACUGGUGGUAUUAGUGAAGAGUUUUUACCACAGGAGGAAGUUUAUGGGAGUGAAUUUGAUAAUGGGUUAUUACAUAACAGUGGUUCGCGCUAUGUGCGAUUCUGUCCGAAAGUGGAAGAACCGGGAAAUCUUGGAACCGAUUUUAUGAAUUAUGGAAAUAUUGCCGAAAUUCACAGUGAAUUCACUAUGUUGAGCAAUGAUAUGUUCUACUGAGGGUUAAAGUGAAACUUUAGAAGUAAUUUUCAAAUGUUGAAUGGCUGUGAAUAUCACUUUUAGUUUGUUAAUUUGAAGUUCAUGUUUCUUAAA